ACGACCGUCGCGGUCUGAUGACGUCGCACAAUGGCCGGCCCCCGCGGCUAGUGGAGCCCGUUUGUUCCGCCCGCGUCGCGCCUGGAGCCGGAGCCCGUGAGGAGCGGAAGGGCCGAGGGACGUCUUCUCCGCGCCGCCCCGACUCCAGCGGAGCCGUGGCCCCCUCCCCGCCCUCGCGCUGAACAGGACUGUGACGCCCGGAGAGACAGUUAACCUGGCCAGAGCAGGGCCUGGAACUCAAGCUGUCUCCUGAUUCCCAGUGAUGUUCCUUGUCGUCUGUGCAACAAGGUGUGACUCAAGUUGCUUCUAAUAAACAGAACCGUGGGUACCGAUGGAUGUGGCCGAGAGCCCUGAACGGGAUCCUCGCUCUCCAGAGGACGAAGAGCAGCCGCAGGGGCUCUCGGACGAUGACAUUCUGAGGGACAGUGGGUCUGAGCAGGACUUGGACGGAGCUGGGGGGAGGGCUUCCGAUUUGGAGGAUGAAGAAAAUGCGGCCCGGGGGCCGAGCCAGGAGGACGAGGCCAACCGCUCUGACGAGGAGGAUCGAGCGAGCGAGCCCAAGUCCCAGGACCCGGACUCCGAGGCCAACGAGUUGAGCAGGGGCCCAGCCAGCCCCCCGUGCGAGGACGAAGGGGACGAGGGGGAGGAAGACCGGACGAGCGACCUCAGGGACGAGGCCUCCUCGGUCACGCGGGAGCUGGACGAGCACGAGCUGGACUAUGACGAGGAGGUCCCCGAGGAGCCGGCUCCCGCCGCCCAGGAGGACGAAGCCGAGAAGGCUGGGGCCGAGGACGACGAGGACAAGGGUGACGGCGCUCACCGGGAGGAGGGGGCGGCUGGUGCCCAAAGUGUGGGAGAAAAGGAACCCCUGGAGGCUGCUGCCAAGGAGAAAAAGAAAGAGGAUGAUGAUGGAGAAAUCGACGACGGGGAGAUAGACGAUGAUGACCUGGAGGAAGGCGAAGUAAAAGACCCCAGCGACAGGAAGGUGAGGCCUCGUCCCACCUGCCGGUUCUUCAUGAAAGAUGGGCCACCAUUGUCCACUCUUCCUCCACCAAUACCAAAUUCCAUACCAUUCAGAGGCCAGGUUAAAGGGAACUGUACCUGGGGGAUGAAUUGUAGGUUUAUACACCCUGGCGUGAACGACAAGGGGAACUACUCCCUAAUCACCAAAGCCGACCCCUUCCCGCCCAACGGUGCCCCGCCGCUCGGACCUCACCCUCUGAUGCCUGCCAACCCUUGGGGUGGGCCAGUAGUUGACGAAAUUUUGCCUCCACCCCCUCCAGAGCCCCCAACAGAGAGUGCCUGGGAACGAGGACUCCGGCAUGCAAAGGAGGUUUUAAAAAAAUCAACCAUUCGAAAAGAACAGGAGCCUGAUUUUGAAGAGAAAAGAUUUACAGUGACCAUUGGUGAAGAUGAACGGGAGUUUGACAAGGAAAAUGAAGUUUUCCGAGAUUGGAAUUCUCGGACCCCGAGAGAUGUCAGAGAUACCGCACUGGAGCCUUACGCGGACCCUUAUUAUGACUAUGAAAUAGAGCGGUUUUGGCGUGGUGGACAGUAUGAGAAUUUCAGGGUUCAAUACACAGAAUCAGAACCAUACCAUAAUUACCGAGAAAGGGAGCGAGAGCGCGAGAGAGAGAACAGACAGCGCGAGCGGGAGCGCGAGCGGGAGCGGGACCGCGAGCGGGAGCGCCGGCAGAGGGAGCGCGAGCGCGAGCGAGAGCGGGAGCGCGACAAGGAGCGGCAGCGGAGGAAGGAGGAGUGGGAACGAGAGCGGGCCAAGCGCGACGAGAAGGACCGGCAGCACCGCGACCGUGAGCGGGAGAAGGAGCGGGACAAGGACAAGGAGAAGCCCAGGCCCCGCUCACCACAGCCACCAAGCCGUCAAGCUGAGCCACCAAAGAAGGAGGCAGCCUCCACAGGGCCGCAGGUGAAGCGGGCAGACGAGUGGAAGGACCCGUGGCGCCGAUCCAAGUCCCCCAAGAAGAAACUCGGGGUCUCCGUCUCCCCUAGCCGGGCACGUAGGCGUCGGAAAACAUCAGCCUCAUCAGCCUCCGCCUCCAACUCCUCCAGGUCGUCUUCGAGGUCUUCGUCCUACUCCGGCUCUGGCUCCUCGAGGUCGCGCUCCCGGUCCUCGUCCUACAGCUCCUACUCCAGCCGGUCCUCCAGACACAGCUCGUUCUCAGGGAGCCGGUCCAGGUCCCGGUCCUUCUCCUCGUCCCCAUCCCCGUCCCCGACGCCUUCUCCGCACAGACCUUCCGUCAGAACUAAGGGGGAGCCAGCCCCGCCCCCUGCAAAAGCUGGGGAGAAGCCAGUGAAGAAGCCGGCCCCGCCUCCCGCCCCACCGCAGGCCACCAAAGCCACCCCCCCUGCCCCUGAGCCCGCCAAACCAGGAGACCCUCGAGAAGCCAGGAGGAAGGAGCGGCAAGCCAGGACACCCCCCAGGAGGCGGACACGCAGUGGCAGUGGCAGCAGCAGCAGCUACAGCGGCUCCAGCUCUCGAUCCAGGUCCCUGAGCGUGAGCAGCGUCUCCUCGGUGUCCAGCGCCACGUCCAGCAGCAGCUCUGUGCACAGCGUGGACUCGGAGGACAUGUAUGCGGACCUGGCCAGCCCCGUGUCCUCCGCCAGCUCCAGGUCCCCGACCCCAGCGCAGACCAAGAAGGAGAAAGGGAAGUCUAAGAAAGAGGAUGGCGUCAAAGAGGAGAAGCGGAAGAGGGACUCAUCCACGCAGCCGCCCAAGUCUGCGAAGGCCCCGGCAGGCGGGAAGUCUUCCCAGCAGCCCUCCACGCCCCAGCAGGCCGCCCCGGGGCAGCCGCAGCCGAGCUCCUUUGUCCCCCACAAGGAGAUCAAGCUGACGCUGCUGAACAAGGCGGCAGAUAAAGGCAGCAGGAAGCGCUAUGAGCCGUCAGACAAGGACCGGCAGAGUCCUCCUCCAGCCAAGCGAGCCAACUUGUCCCCAGACCGAGGUUCUCGGGACCGGAAGUCUGGUGGGAGACUGGGCUCCCCGAAGCCAGAGCGGCAGCGAGGCCAGAACUCCAAAGCCCCUGCGGCUCCCACAGACAGGAAGCGCCAGGUGUCACCGCAGUCGAAGAGCUCCAGCAAGGUCACCAGCGUGCCAGGCAAGGCCUCGGACGCCGGCGCGGCCGCCAGCACCAAAUCAGGGAAGGCCAGCACGCUGUCGCGGCGGGAGGAGCUCCUGAAGCAGCUCAAGGCGGUGGAGGACGCCAUCGCGCGCAAGCGCGCCAAGAUCCCCGGGAAGGUGUAGCGGCCGCCCGGCCCUGGCAGACUUCACGUUUUUAUAAAUAGGGUGAACACAGCCGUUUUGGAUUUUGCAGUUAAUGUCUUACUUUGGCUGUGAUUCUUUUUAAAAAUUAAAAAAAAAAAAAAAAAAGUUUCUCAGCCGGAAAAGAAGC